AUGGCGAUUGCCGCCGCCAUAACUCUGCCGUCCACGGCCGUCAGCCGGCGAUCGCUUUCCUCCACUUUCACAGCUCCUUCCGUCUCUCGUCUCUCCACUGCGCCGUUUCACAAUCCUAAUUCCCUGAAACCGGUCUCCCUUCGAGCGGGCAAAACCCGACCCGGUUUCCAAAUCUCCUCCUCAAUGGCCGUUCAGGCGCCGGAGGCGGACUCCACGACGUCUUUUCUCGAUCGUAGGGAGAGCGGAGUUCUUCAUUUCGUCAAGUAUCAUGGGCUUGGGAAUGACUUCAUUUUGGUUGAUAAUCGAGAUUCAACCGAGCCCAAAGUUACACCGGAACAAGCAGUCAAAAUGUGUGAUAGGAACUUUGGGAUUGGAGCCGACGGGGUGAUAUUUGCAAUGCCAGGCACCAAUGGCACUGAUUAUACCAUGAGGAUCUUUAAUUCCGAUGGUAGUGAACCUGAGAUGUGUGGCAAUGGAGUUCGGUGCUUUGCCAGAUUUAUAGCUGAGCUCGAGAAUCUGAAUGGCAAGCAGAGCUUUACUGUACACACUGGUGCAGGUUUAAUUGUUCCUGAAAUUCAAGAAGAUGGAAAGGUCAGAGUUGAUAUGGGCGUGCCAAUUUUGAAGGCAUCAGAGGUUCCUACAAAAUUGGCUCCAAAUAACGAUCAGGCUGUAGUUAAGGCAAGAUUGGAUGUAGAUGGCUCGAUCUGGAAUGUGACUUGCGUUAGCAUGGGAAAUCCUCAUUGUGUAACUUUCAGUACAGAAACCAGUAAGGACUUGGAAGUCGAUAAGCUAAAUUUAGCUGAAAUUGGCCCGAAAUUCGAGCAUCAUGCUGUGUUUCCAGCACGAACUAACACUGAGUUCGUUCAAGUUUUCUCUCCAAGUCAUGUUAAAAUGCGUGUUUGGGAGCGUGGGGCAGGUGCAACAUUAGCUUGCGGAACUGGAGCUUGUGCUGUUGUGGUUGCUGCAGUGCUUGAGGGCCGUACAGGAAGGAGCUGUAGAGUGGAUUUGCCUGGAGGCCCAUUGGACAUCGAGUGGAGAGAGGAAGACAAUCACAUCUACAUGACAGGCCCAGCCGAAGUAGUAUUUUACGGAUCUGUCCCUAUCUGA